AUGCUUCACCCGAAACUUUUCUACAUAAUUGCAAUGACCACACCAACAAACACACACUACAGUUGUACUCCGUUAACUUUGCAUCAAUUAACAAAUAACAAAUGGAGGGACUUCCUAUAUAACAUUACUUCCCCCAAAUGGGUGUAUGCUGUUUUCUGGCGAAUCUUGCCUCGAAUCUACCCUCCUCCAAAGUGGGACAAUGAAGGAGGUGUUCUUGAUCGAGCAAAAGGAAACAAACGUAACUGGAUUCUUGUUUGGGAAGAUGGGUUUUGUGAUCUUGAUGAAUGUGAACGAAUUGGGAACGACGAUGGGUUCUUGAAGGGUAGAUUUGGACGUGAUAUCUUCUUCAAACUGUCCCAUGAAGUUUACAAUUAUGGAGAAGGAUUGAUAGGGAAAGUAGCUGCAGAUAACUGUCACAGAUGGGUGUUUAAAGAUGGAUCAAAUGAGCAGAGUACUGAUCCAAGCUUUCUUUCAUCAUGGAAUGCAACUAUUGAUCCUCAACCAAAAGCUUGGGACUUUCAUUUCAAUUCAGGGAUUAAGACGAUUGCAGUGAUAUCUGUCAGAGAAGGUAUUAUUCAACUGGGGUCUUUUGAUAAGAUUCUUGAAGAUCUGAAUCUAGUAUUAACCAUUCAGAGGAAAUUCAGCUACCUACGUAGCAUUCCGGGAUUAUUCCAUAUUCAGCGACCGUUUUCCACCGUACAAGUACAACAAUGCCCGUACAACCCACUGAAGCACAAAACCAUUGGAUCCGAGGAGGCUCAACAAGUAAUCGGGUCAAAAGUCAACAUGAAUGCUGGAGAAAGUCAACAUCACAAGGGUCCUGUUUGGUCAUUGGGUUCGGGUUACAAUACGCAAGAGAAUGGGCCACCAUUUUGGCCGAUUCCACCCCUCUUGCCGUAUAAAUUCGGAUCUCAAUAUGACCCGAUCCGGAUUCAGAAUGAUGGUGUGGGUCAGUGUUUGGGUGAUAAGAUAUUUAACGUCAAAGAUCCGGUUCAAGAAAGGAAACCUGGUUGCUUCUACCCGAGUGCUGGGUUAGUUGUGGAAUUAGGGUUUGGGACUAGAAAGGAUUUGAGAGUUGUACGAAGGUUAAUUCUUUAAUGAUACACACAUUCAAAAAGGUGGAAAAUUUGCUACCGAUUUUGACAGUGUCACAGAUAUCAAGUAAUGCACAAGUGCAAGUGCUGAACUGGGAUCAAAGCGUUUCAACCACAACUAUUAUAUUGUAAAAACUUUAUGUUCUUUGAACCUAAACUUAUCUGAUUGUUUAGAGGGUCUCUGAGUUAUAGCCUUGGCAAUCAACGCCAAUUUUGUAAUUACUUUAAAAGAAAAUUGGAGUUCUUAAAU